AUGGAGCCUACUACUAAUCAGCAUGGUCACAGUCGUUUCUGUUUCCAUCUUGGGCAUCGUGUACUGAAGCUCGGCCUCGCCUACUCCUUUGGUGCCCUCCCUCCGAUUGUGAUGUGUGGCUUUCUACAGAUCGGUUCUGAGAUCAAGCUGGAGGAAGACUCCUCGGAGGAGUUUGCUAGUAGCGCCACGCUCGCGACGGAAGCCGUAUCUGCCAUCCGCACCGUAGCGUCGCUCACACUAGAGAAUAAGAUGCUUGCGCUAUACCAGGAGAGGCUUGGUAUCGUGACCAGGACAUCUGUAAAGGCGCUGGCGCUCACCAUGCUCUGGUACGCCUUCUCCCAAUCCAUGAACUUCCUAUUAAUCGCUCUUGGCUUUUAUUACGGUGGGUUACUUGUUUCAACCAGGGAGUAUACAAACGUGCAGUUUUUCGUGUUCCUUAUCUCGGUCGUGCUUGGUGGAGAAAACGCGGCCAUACUCUUUCGGUACAUAAUGGGUAUGGCUGGUGCAGCAGUCUCGGCUAAGUAUAUCUUUUGGCUUCGUCAGAGGGCCCCAGACGCCGAUAACUCGUUCUCAGACGGCGAGGAUGACACUCAGAGCGAUGCGUCGCAAAGCCUCCCCAAAGGCGAUACCAUCGACGUCCAAUGCCAAGCCAUAGAGUUUGCCUACCCUUCUCGCCCACAGUCAAAGGUGAUUUCGAGUAUCGACAUCAACGUUGAGCCUGUAAGAUUAGUUACAUUUGUCAGUCCGUCAGGUUGUAACCCGACAUCUGACUCUAUCGUAAUGGGUGGCCGCUCGAUUCGCGAGCUGGGACAGCAAGCCCAUCGAGGGCGCCUCGCACUAGCCCAGCAAGAACUAGUGCUGUACGAAGGUAGUGUACGGGAAAACAUGGCUAUGGGCCUGUUAGAGUCUAAGGAGGUUAGAGAAGCCGAGGUAGAGACAGCCUGUAGGGACGCAAAUAUCCUUGACUUCGUCUCCUCGCUGCCCGAGGGACUGGCCACCGAUGUUAGCAUCCACGGGGAUAGAAUCAAAAAGUCUUGCUCCUCCGAGAGGACAAGUGCGCUGGACACGGAGAGCGAGAGGUUGGUGCAGGUGGCGCUUAACGACGCUGCCAGGGACGGGAAGAGGACGACUAUUGCUGUUGCACAUCGGCUAGGUAUUAUCGGGGAAGUGGACUGCAUCUUUUGUCUUCCAGAGUGGGGAGAUCACCGAGAUGGGGAGUCAUGUUGA